GACGAUGUCUUCUUCCACCUACUCUAAUUCUCCCUGUGCAGCCUGCAAGUUCCUACGUCGAAAAUGCCUACCGGAUUGUGUUUUUGCGCCAUAUUUUCCACCCGAAGAGCCUCAAAAGUUCGCCAAUGUUCACAAGAUCUUUGGUGCCAGUAACGUCAGCAAACUGUUGAACGAAGUCCAGCCGCAUCAGCGGGAGGAUGCCGUGAACUCGCUCGCCUACGAGGCCGAGGCAAGGAUGAAAGACCCUGUCUAUGGCUGUGUUGGCGCCAUCUCUAUACUCCAAAGGCAAGUCAUCAAACUCCAAAAAGAGCUCGAUGCUACUAACGCCGACCUCAUUCGCUAUGCCUGCAGUGAAAUGCCAGCCCCAUCUCCGUCUUCUUCGUCACAAUAUGCUCGAAGGUCGUCGUCAACAAGCCACGAGGGAAGCUCGUCUACCUCUAGCUAUGGUCAUUACUAUACUGGUCUCUACUUUUCUCCAUGGAGUAACAACAAUAAUGGCCCUUGUGGAGAUGGCCAUGACAAAGGAGAAUACAAGUAAAUAUUUUUCAUCAAUUGAUAUCAUUAUCUUUAUAAUUUGAAUCAUCACAAGGGAUAUAAUAUCAUAUGCUGAUGUGGGUGUGAAAAUUUUAUGAUAUUUUGAUCAUAAAUACAAUCGAUAAUUACAAAUCA